CGGCUGCUUACCAGAACAUUUGAGAAAUAUAGACCAAUUUUAGUCUUCAUAAUACGAUCUUUAAUUAUUGAUAACAUUAUUUUUAUUUGAAGCUAAAUUAAUUGUUAAAUUUUGUUUAUCACAAUUUGCACAGAUGAAACAAGUUAAUUCAAUUGCAUUAGUGUAAAUUUCAAAACUUUGACUAGUGAAUUUAAAGAAACUUAUUCUCAUCUACCGAAAAAAUCGUUUAUUCUUUAAAAUUUUUAUUUAUAAUCCAAAUUUUAUUAUUUAACUAUUGUUAUGCAAUGGAUGAGGAUUCAAUUAGUGUUCAUGGAUCUACUGCUGACUCAUUAGAAGCACUAGAUGAUUUACAAGUGCUUGAUGAAAUCACUGAAGACAUUGAUGAUAUAGAGGAAAAUGAAGAAUAUGAUACAAGAAGUGAAGCAAGUUCUAGUUCUAUUGAUACUUCUGCCAAUCAAUCAAAAGUUGAUAGGCAUAUUACUAUAGAUAAUGAUAAAUCUACAUCGGAUAAUAAACCAUCAAAAUCCUAUUUGUCUCAAUUAAGAUUCCUAUUUAAAGAAGCUCGAUAUUUUAUUAUAAAAAGUAAUAAUUCUGAUAAUAUUGAUUUAGCUAAGGUAAAAAACUGCUGGUCGACUAGACCAUGGAAUGAAACAAAACUUAAUCAAGCUUUCAGAACUUGUAAAAAUGUCAUAUUAAUAUUUUCUGUCAAAGAAAGUGGUAAAUUUACAGGAUUUGCAAGAAUAUCAGAACCAGCCAGAUAUGACUUAUCACCUGUUGGUUGGGUUUUACUAGGAGGCCGUAACUUUUCUGGAGUUUUCAAGAUUGAUUGGAUAUCUAAAAAAGAUUUAGAAUUCAAUGAUACUUCUCAUUUGUACAAUGGAUAUAAUGAAAGAAAAACUGUAAAAAUUGCUCGAGAUGGUCAAGAAGUUGAUCCAAAAACUGGCUCAAGGCUUUGUUCUAUGUUUCCUGAAGAUGAAUCAAUUGACUUGCAAUACAUUUUGAAAAAAUCUAAAAACCAUCAACCAUCAAUUAGUACAGCAGAAUUACGACAACGUCGUCGAGUUCUAGGUUUACCAGAUGAUGGUCCAACUAGUAAAGCAUAUAUCAAUGCCUAUCGUUUAGGUUUACCUUUUAAACAGUCUAGAAUAAUGUCUCAUCCAUAUUAUGUACGUCCCCCAAUGUAUUCAUCUUAUCAGUAUAGUUUAGGAAGAUCUCCUAUUGUUUCACGUUAUUAUGAUAAUGUAUCAAUAUCACCUAUGCGGGUACCUAUUCCUAUAACAGAUACUUACACCAGACCAAUUGAAGGUUUUUACAAGAGAGAAAGACUAUUAAAUCUAAGGACUCAUACAAAAGAUUAUAGGCGUGAGAAAGAACGAUUUAGACAUCGUUAUCAUUAAAUAUAAUAUUAAUAAUUUUCCAUUAUGUUAUAUAAUUAUAUCAAAUUUACUAGUCUCUAUAAGUUAUUUUAAAAUUAAUAAGGUUACUAAAUUUAUAGUAAAAAAUGACUGUAUUUUGUUCAAUAUUAAUUAAUGUGUAAAUAUUUUUUGUGAUUUUAAUCAAUUAUGUGGCCUAUAAAUUUUGACAUAUAUUAAUUUUUUAUUAUGGUUUGUUUGGUGUAUAAUUAUCUUAAAGCACUUAAAUGAAGAUUUAAAUUUUUUUGUACAUACAUAAAUUAACUUUAAGACAACCAAUGUAAUUUAAAUGUUCUG